UAUCCUACUUUCCAUUGCUUUUUAUUUUCCAGUAUGUUUCUAACUACGUUGAAUUCCAAAAGAAACGGAGAAAUUAUAAAAAGAUUAUACCAACUCCAUUUGGUGAGUUGCUGUGACGGUUUAUUUCAACUUCUCGAUAAAAUUGAUUUCAACCUGAACGAUAUUAAAGAGAGAAGAAAUUUGAACAUGGCUUUAUUUGCACCGACUGUAAAAUACUGUGAAAACAUUUUGAAGCAGGUAUUUGAAUGUACAUUGACAUCAACAUCGACAACUGCAGAGACACUGUCUGAUGAAACAGAAGCAUGUCCUAUAAACAUCACCGAAAAAGCUACAGAAUUUUGUGAGCAGUACAAGCUUGAUUGCAGUUCAAGUAAAGUUUUUGUAAAUAAUAUUGACUUUAAAGUAAAGCAAAGAGAGCUAUGGGACUUUUUUGAGUACUUUGGUAAAGUGUUGAGGUGUAGUAUCAUUAAAGACAGGAAGACCAAAAGAUCAAGAGGGUUUGCAUUUGUUAUUUUUUCGAGUCCACAGGAUGCUAACUCUGCAAUAAAUGCUAAAAAUUAUGAAUUACGCUUAAACGGGAGGGUGAUGGUUGUCAAACCAGCUACUCGACAGAAAAAAUCAACUAAGUCAGAAGAAAAUACAUCACUUUCUAAAGCUGAGCAAAAAAUGAAGGAUGCUGCACAGUAUUUUUUAAAUAAUGACUUGGGCGAACAGAAAUGGAAAAAGAAAUAUGUCCAUUUAAAGUUCUUUGUGAUGACAUGAUUCUGGAGAUAUUUUCCUAUCUAGAUCUUAUUACAAGAAUAAAAAUCGAAUUAGUAUGUAAAAAAUGGCAGAACCUUGCUAUUGAGUCUUGGGGAAAUGUUCACCAUGUUGACUUUCAUGGUAUAUUUCAAAUAUCUCACAAAUAUGCAG